AUGGCGGUAAAAACAUCAAAAAAAAUUUCUAAAGUAAAUAGUGAUUCUAAAAAAAUUAAGGUUAAGAAAGCGAGUAAAAGAAAAUUUGAUGAAGAAUUGAUGGAAGAUAAAUACGAAGAAGUAAGAGAAAAAAUAAAUGAAAAUGAAGGUAAUAAACGUAUUAGAUUUCUAUUACCAUUAAAAACAAAGGAUGGAUCUAUCAAGAAACAAGUUAUUGAAGAAGACAUUGAAGAUGAAGAGGAAGAGGAAAAAUUUAAUGAAAAUGAGAAUAUUGAGGAAAAUGUUGAAAAUGACAGUGAUACUGAAUUUAUAGAAACAUUCCAAAUGAAAAAACAAAAUGUUAAAGUUAAAAAAGAUAUGUCAGAGAUUGAACUUAUGGCUCACAGGCGUAAACUAUUGAAUGAAAGGAAAAUAAAGAUUGGACUGACUGCUAGUACUCUCUUGGAAAAUCCUGAAAUAAAAGUAAAAAAUUUCACGGUUCUAUUGGACUUUAUGGAAGAAAACACGCCGGGUAUUUAUAUUACUGUUAAGAAACUUGCGGCUGUUUCAUUACUGGAGCUGGCUGGAAAAUUGAGACCAAAAAAAGGUGAUCAUAGAAUUGUUCCUGAGCCUGAAUUACAACUUGGAGAAGUUGCCAUCACAUGUAUGUGUGAUCUAUUAGCUACUCAUCCUUACUUCAAUUAUUCUUCAAACAUAGUCAGUUUCUUGAUUCCAUAUUUGAAUAAUAAGUAUCCUAAAGUACGAGAAAUAGUUGCUAAAUGUUUUUCUCAAAUAUUUAAAGAAGAUAAAAAAUUAGAAUUAACGCUUGAGAUUGUGCGUAAAUUGAAUCAGUUGAUAAAAGCAAAAGAAUAUUCAUUACAUACUGAAGCUCUGUCAGUGCUUUUGUCACUCAGGAUUCGUAAUGUCAAUUUGGAUAAAGAACGUGACGAAGAAUUGAAGCAGAAAAAACUACAGAAUCAUAAAUCAAGAAUUUUGGCGUUGAGUAAACGUGAACGUAAGAGAAAUAAAAAGUUACAAGAAGUUGAAAAAGAACUUCUUGAAACUAAAGCUGAAGAAAAUAAAGCUCAAGCAGAAAAAGUUUUAACUGAAAUAAUUAGUAUUGUUUUUACAAUUUAUUUUAAAGUUAUAAAAACUUUUCCUAAUUCAAAAAUUUUAUCUGCUUGUUUAGAAGGAUUGGCUAAAUUUGCUCAUUGUAUAAAUUUAGAUUUUUACCAGGAUUUGGUAAAUGCUAUCAAUAAAUUAUUAGCUAAUGGAAAUUUAGGGCUAAGAGAAAGAUUACACUGUAUUCAGACAGUUUUUACAAUCCUUUCAGGACAUGGUUCAGCGUUAACUAUUGACCCUCACAGAUUUUAUUUACAUCUGUAUAAAAUUUUACCAGAUAUUCAUAUGGCACGUAAUGAAGAAAAUUGUGAAAUUCUCGUCCAUUGUCUUACUCAGGCCUUAAUAAAUCGUCGAAAAAAAGUCACUCAAGCCCGUUUGAAUUCAUUCAUUAAAAGAAUUUUAAUGGUAACUCUACAACUACAACACCACGGAUCUCUUGGUUUACUUGGAGUCGUAAAAAAAUUACUCCAGUUGUGUAAAACCACGGAAAUUUUACUAGACACCGAUAAUUCUGUCGGCGAAGGGCUCUAUCAACCAGAAUUAGAUGAUCCAGAAUAUUGUAAUGCCCAUCGAACAGCUGCGUGGGAGCUGAUUGCUUUGCAGAGGCAUUAUCACAGCAUCGUUCAAAAAAUGGCUAAAAAUUUAGCAUGUAAUGUUCCGACUUCUGGAGAAGGAUCUUUGAUUCCGGAAAUAGGGAAAUUAUCAGCUGAAGAACUAUACUCUCAGUUCAACCCUUCAGAAGUUGCUUUUAACCCUGCUGUUUCUGUUCCAAAGAAAAAUGUCGGUAAAUCUUCUAUUUCUUUCCGUGGACAUUUUAUUGAUACUAAAUUUAAUGAUUAUAUUGAAAAAAAUAAAGACACAACCUCAGAGAUAACAACGAAUUUAGAUUUUUAUGAAGCACUUCAAAUGGAGUAG